AUGGUGAGGGGUGGCAUAGCACGUGUCUCUACGGCGGUGGAUAUUCCUCUUGCCUCCGCCGAUCUCCCGCGCCCACCCGCCGGACCUCUGUUGCGCGAUGGUGGGUGCGCGCACGGGGGUAUCUGCAUCCGCCGCUGCGCGGAGCAGCGCGCGCUGCCUCUGCCGGCUUCGUCCACGGAGAGCGCGGCUGGCGGUGGUGCGGCUGGCGCUGGGAGCAGCGGUGGUCGUGGUGGGCGCAAUUGCGGUGACGGUGUGCGGCAGUGGUGCCCCCGUGAAGCGCGCAGGCGCGUAGCGAAGUCGGUGGUGGAGGGGCAGGGAGGGGAGAGAGGGGAGCAGCGCUGCUCGACACUCUUAACCAUCACAGCGCUCUUUGUGAAUGGCGACUCCCGGGUGGACGCAGGCAACAACCAUGACGGCUCCCAGCGCUUCCUGCGUGCUGACCUGCCGCUCUACGGCAUGAGUUACAUCGAGGCGUUGGAGCGCUUCUCCGAUGGCCGCCUGAAGAUCAACUACUUGGGUGCGUGCUGCUGCCAGUGGGGCUUCGCGCUAUCUGGGGCUGCCCUCGCCGCCGCCCUCCAGUCUCCAACUCUCCAGCAAGGGCGCAAUGCCUCUCGCGGGCUUUACUUCGCCCGUGCGGAGAGCCACACUCUCGACCACCGCCUGCUCGACGCGAUUCACGGCAGCGAGGGUGGCUAUAUUGUGGGCGGCGCGGAUUCGUUUUACUCGCGCAUGGCAGAGCAGGACGCGCAAGCUCCGCAAGUGGGGGAGUGCGGCGGGCGGUGCGGAACGGGGGACGGCUCGAGCCUCAUUGAGUCCCUCAUCAAGUACCCACCAUUGGAGGAAGUGAGGGGUCUGCCGGAGGAGAUUGUGGGGGAUGAGAAGGAGGACAUGGAUUUUGCAGAUGUUAAUGCAAGCGUGGAAGGCGAGGAAAAUGAGGAUGAUGGGGUGUAG